CCGCCGGCCCCGUCGCCAUGGCCUCCAUGACCACCGUCAACCUCGCCCUCGGCUCCCGCGCCGCCGUCCGCGGCGCGAAGGUGCAGCAGAAGCGCACCGUCGCCGCCAAGAAGGUCGCCGCCGCCGCGCGCGCCGAGCUCUCCCAGGUCGAGAAGGCCGCCGCCGUCGCCGCCGUGACCGUCGCCGCCGCCACCCCCGCCCAGGCCUCCGAGCUCGGCGAGGACCUGUUCGCCAUCUUCGACAGCAUCGACAAGGCCGCCGAUAAGGUCGAGGAGGCCUUCGGCGUCGUCGCGCAGGGCGUCGAGAAGGUUGGCGAGGUUGUCGAGAAGGUGACCCCCGUCGUCAAGCCCCUCGCCGAGCGCGCCGUCGAGGCCGCCACCCCCGUCGUCAAGGCCGGCGCCGACUACGCCGGCCGCGCCGCCGGACCCAUCGUCCAGGACGCCGCCUCCAAGGUGUCCGCCGCCGGCGCCGGCGCCGUCGACGCCGCGGGCAACGCCAUCAAGGCUCGCGGCAUCGACGUCGAGCCCGUCGCGGGCGUCGUCGGCAAAGCCGCGUCUACCGUCGCCGGCGCCGCGUCGUCCGUCCUCCCUUCCGUCGACGACGUCACCGGGUUCCUCUCCACCGCGUCCCCCACCGAGCUCGCCGAGGUUGGCGCGGGCGCGGUCGCGCUCUACCUCCUCUCCCCCGCGCUCCUCGGCGCGUUCGGCGGCGUUCUCCGCGGGUACGCUGGUUCCGUUCGCCCCGUCGAGGCGUACGACGCGGUGACCACCGGCAAGUGCGUCAUCGUGGACAUCCGCCAGGACACCGGCCGCGGGGAGAUCAAGGUCCCUCGCGGCAAGGUGCUGUCCAUCCCCCGCGAGAAGCUCAGCGGCAACUUCAAGAACAUGGGCGACGUCGAGGCGAACCUCACCGCGCUCAAGGUGGCGAGCCUCAAGGGCGUGAAGCGAGGCACCAAGGUGCUCAUCCUCGACAACAACGGCGGCUCGGACGCGACCAAGGUUGCCAAGGCGCUCGCGGCGCAGGGCUUCGGCAAGGCGUUCGUGGUGCAGGGUGGCUUCAACGGCUGGGCGAACGCGGGUCUCGCCAUCGAGCGCUAAGGGUGCCGAUGAAUGGCCCGGUUCGCAGCUCAACGGCGUAUUAGCAGUCGUUAAAUCUGCGUAUGAGAUUUGUACGCGGCGACGACGACGACCAAACCUCGAGGGGGCAACGGACGCCCUCCCGAUCACAUUAGUGCACGAUUACCAGUAUCACCGCAGUAGCGCUCGCUUGUCAAUAAACUAUCAUGAAAGCUCAUCGAA